AUGUCUUGGGGAUACGAUGCACACAAUGGACCUGAUCACUGGCACACCUUGUAUCCCAUUGCUCAAGGAAACUUCCAAUCACCAAUUGAUAUCAAGAGCAAAGACACAAAACCUGAUGAAUCACUGAAGUCUCUAAGUGUCAACUAUAAUCCAGCUUCUACUAAAUACAUUGUCAAUGUGGGUCAUUCUUUCCAAGUGGUCUCUGAUGACCAGAAGGACUUCUCAGUGGUAAAAGGGGGGCCCCUGACAGGAAGCUAUAGAAUGAAUCAAUUCCACUUUCACUGGGGCCCAACCGAUGUCUUUGGGUCAGAACACACAGUUGAUGGAAAAGGAUUUGCUGCAGAGUUACACUUGGUUCACUGGAAUGCUGAGAAAUAUUCCAGUUUUGCUGAGGCCUCUAACAGUUCGGAUGGGUGUGUUGUUCUUACAGUUUUUCUACAAAUUGGUAAAGCUCAUCCGGGUCUGCAGAAAGUUGUUGAUGUGUUGCCUCUUAUUAAGACAAAGGGCAAAAAAGCUACAUUAACUAAUUUUGAUACUUCAUCGCUGCUGCCUGCAUCUAUGGAUUACUGGUCCUACAAUGGUUCCUUGACUCACCCCCCUCUGUGUGAGUGCGUCACCUGGAUUAUAUUUAAGGAGCCAAUAACUGCAAGUUCUGAUCAGAUUAGACAGUUCCGCAGCCUUCUGUCCUCUGAAGACGAACGGGAAGACUGUGCAAUACUGACCAAUCAUCGUCCUACACAGCCUCUAAAGGGCAGAGAAGUGAAAGCUUCUUUUCAUUAA